ACUCGUCAGGCACAGUGACUGAAAUACUCUUUGUGGGAUAUCUACUGCCGACGUGGCAGCUGGCUUGACUGUGCUCCAAGUGACGUGCCUACUAUUGUCUGUCACAAGCACUCAUGUCAGUUUCGCUGUCUGUCUUAGAGUGUUAAGAGGACCUGUAGCUGUAGUUGAGACUUAUUGAUGGUCUCCUUCACGGCUCUCCCCAAAACGUUACUUCUUCUCCUGCUCACCUCGCCAGUUCUUGCCGUUGCAGUCGCUCUUCCCUCCUCCAAGAAUGACCCAUUUCGCGCUAUAGUUCUAGCACACCGCAAACGCCAACCUGAGCCGCCUCUGUGCUGCCUGACACCACCGCCGUCAAUAGAACCACCAAAUGACGUCGAGGAUGUCUUGCUCUCAUUUGAGGAGUGGAAGUCCAAGCAGUUCCAGUCCCAAUCCCAGUCGCAGUUGCAGGCCCAGCCUCAGGCAACUCCUCAUCUCAAAACUGAUGCUUUAGAGCACGUAGAGUCGAGUACCACCCACGAACCUAACGUCACUGUGCCGGACCCGUCUGUAUACCCCCAGGAAACAGAACUUUCCCCACAUUUCAGGGUACCUAUCACCGACCGCUUCAAUUAUGCAAACCUGGACUGCUCUGCGCGUGUACACACUUCUCACCGCUCUGCCAAGUCUCCUUCGUCCAUUCUAUCAUCUAAGAAAGACAAAUACAUGCUUUCACCAUGUUCUUCGGGCAAGGAGGAGCAGUUCGUGGUUGUGGAGUUGUGCGAGGAUAUUAGGAUUGACACUGUGCAGCUCGCAAACUUCGAGUUUUUCAGUGGGGUGUUCAAGGACUUUUCGGUCAAGGUCGCAAAGACCUACACGACGUCUGAUGACGGAUGGGUACUGGCGGGUACAUACAAAGGAAAGAAUGUCCGUGGUGUGCAGUCCUUCCAUACUCCAACCACCUUGCGCGAUUUCUACAGGUACAUCCGGAUCGACUUCCACUCACACUAUGGACACGAGUAUUACUGUCCCGUCUCCCUUUUGAGGGUUUACGGUCUCACACACCUUGAACAAUGGAAGUGGGAUACAUGGGAAGCAGAGAGUCAUGCACGCGCACAAGCUCGAGCCCAAGUCUUUCCCUCCAUUACGGAGUCCCUACCCAUCAGUUCUGGGGCGUCUGAACUGAACAAGUUUAUGGACGAGCUUGAAGCCCGGGACAAACCUUCUGCAUAUCCUCUUGAUAGUGCACUUCCAACCACUACGGCGCCAUUGAGCAAACCUCAGGCAUCCAAUGCGGCGAACCGGACGUCCAGCUCGAUCAGCUCUCCUUCUCAAUCCAAGGCACGCGGAAGGUCCCAGUCCACAUCGUCUUCCCCAGCCAUUAUCGUUACGGAUUCCGCUGUCGUGGAGCAGCCUACCCCAUCCGCUACCUCUAACUCUAUAUUGAGUUCUGAGAAAAACGCUACGCAUUCUUUCGACUCCGUUGUGUCAUCCGCGACAUCUGUCUUGUCUAAUAAGAGCUCGUCCACCAUUUCCCCGCGUUUACUCUCCUCCGAAGUCCCACAUACCACUAAUAUCGAAAUAUCUUUAUCACAUUCUCCAUCAUCUCAUCACGUCCCACCUGCGAACACACCAUCGGCAGCAUUCUCGACAUUGCCCACCAUUCCACCAGUUGGAUCAGGUGGAGAGUCAAUAUACCGGACAAUCAUGACCCGACUGACUCUCCUGGAGUCCAAUCAUAGCCUUUAUGUGCGUUAUGUGGAAGAGCAAACUACUGGUGUACGCGAGGUACUCAGGAGGCUUGGUGAGGAUGUUGGCAGGUUGGAGAGCAUCAGUCGCAUACAAGCACAAAUGUAUCAGCGUACAGUACAGGAGUGGGAGAGGCAGCGGCUCCGUCUGGAGUUCGAACAUGGCGAAUUGCUCUCGCGAGUAAACUACCUUGCUGAAGAGGUCAUUCUUGAAAAGCGUCUUGGCAUUGCACAACUUUGCCUACUUCUGGCAGUGCUGGUGUUCAUCGGCUUGACCAGGGGUGCACCAUCUAUAGAACAGCCUCAACUCACCAAUCGUUCGGCGAGAGAAUGGGGCCGCCACAACUUGAGCUUCGCUAGUAAUAACGGCGAACGUGGCUGGAAUUAUUCGAAGCUUCAAAGUCGCAGUCCUCUUGAGGUUCCUAUCAGUAAGAGAUCUGAAAAGGAUCGUUUUGCAGGCCCAGAAUCUCGUGUAGAUUUUCCGAUUCAUCGGACGCAGCGAUCUUCCGAUCAUGACACCAUUCCACGUCGGCCACCGCAUUCUACUGCCUUCGCAGAUAAACGCUCCACCCCGCGUGCAUCUACCAGCACAAAACGGUCCGGUACUCCCAUCGGCACUUCUGCACUCCGCACUCCUACCCGUCGCAUGCCUACCUCUAUCUCCGCAGACAUCCCUAUGCUCCCUCGUGCACACAUGAUGCGAACGAACUCGCACUCAUCUACAGGACUCAUUAUUCCCAAGUCUGCCAAAUACUUGGCACGAUCAGCGCACCUGCACGAAGUCAAAGGCUCGCUCAGUCGAAGGGAGAGCCAGAACUCAAAGCCCGCAGAACAGGAAAACGAUGACGGAGACGUAUUCCGUGGCCCUCCUAUGAAGAAAAAUCAUCAUUCACGGCGUUUAUCGAGCCCGCGACGACCGCUCUUCCCGAUUGGCCUCUCACAUCAGCCAAAGGACGUGACGGCGGGAGAUACCACGGACGCUGAAGCAUGGGUUGACACCGAUCUUGAAGGAGGGUCCGAAUGUUCGGAAUUUGCUGCGUUCGAUCCGUCUCUCUAAUAUGACGAUUUUCUGAUCGACCUUCGAGAAUUGAGGCUGUAUGUUAGGGAAGGACCGCAAUUGCAUAUACCGUAGAUAUCGUCAUGAGCAUCACCGACUGCCGAACCUGUGAUCCUGAAUACAGUUUUGAUUUCAAUACAUCCGAAGACAAACCGUGUUCCAUCGUUACACUGUAAAAUUGUGAAAACUCCGUGAGUGCUUGGCCCGUGCGUGCUACACUGCCAGGAGCCCAGGACAGGUGGAAUUG